AAGGACAGCGCAGAGCACGUAAAUGCGCCAACCGUGCCAAACUUGGAUCUAAUUCCCCAGCAACUCGUUUUUGCUUGUUGUUUGUAAGUAAGAAAUGAAAUUACCGUACUGGUAUUUAGAGUACAGACUAUCGUCAUAACAAAGAGUGCAGACCGUCGCCGUAACUGAAGCGUACAUUAUUAAGCGUAUUUUGUAACAUAGCAAAGGAUAUGUGCCAGAAGUACACAGACCUGCUGUCACUGACCCGUUAUCUCAGUGAAGGAAACUCGAUACCAUGCAUUCCUCCUAUUAGCGGAAGCUUCGAGCUACAAAUUCCUUUCUUCGGAUUAUCUCACUUAGCAGCUUAGGGCUGAUAGAUGACUGUUCCGACAGUACGGUCAGUUGAUUUAAGGAAUUUAUAAUGUGCUGUAACAUGAUUUAUAAUGUGCUGUAGUAGGCUUGAUAUGAAGCUAAGCCCCAGACAAUAAGCUUUGAGACAAUGAAGAGAAACGAGUAAGGUACAGUGUCAGGUAGUUCAAUACAUUGCGUUGAUUCUUGCUUGAAUGAGACCUUUAGCGACUUGUCGUCGAACGGCUCGUUUUCGCUCGAGGCCUUUGUUUGUUUUGGGUAAAGCUGUCUCGGUGGUGCGGGCCUGUCUUGCGCGCCUAAUUGCUAAAGGCAGCUAGUAAGACGUUGCAUUUGCUCUAGACAGUUUGUAGGGGUGGCUGACUUGGUUCGUAGCAUGCUUAGAUCGAAGAGAGUAACUUGUUCACGGUGACGUGGCAUGGACAUGAUCAACUUUAUCAUCAGAAAAGGAAAGAAGAAUGACAAGAAACCAAUAGUCGAAGAAAAAAAGCCAUACCUGGACCCUGAACUGUUUAAGCAAUUACCCGGACACGUUGAUAUAAGAAAAGUGGUCACCAAACCGCGAAAUAUAGACGAGCGAGAGUGGAUAGCAACUCACGCCAUCGCCCUUUUCCACAAUAUUAAUCAACUGUACGGGACGGUGUCGGAGUUUUGUACAGCUGACACUUGCCCCAUCAUGCAAGGACCAGGACAAAAGCAAUACGCGUGGGUAGAUGAACGAGGGAAGAAACUGAAAUGUACGGGACCUCAGUAUGUUGAUUACGUCAUGACUUUCUGUCAGAAAUGCGCGAGUAAUCAAGAUCUGUUCCCUACUAAAUAUGCCCAAACUUUCCACGAGUCUUUCUACUCGGAGAUCAAGAAGAUCCUUCGCUUCCUCUUCCACGUCAUCGCGCACAUGUAUUACUCGCACUUUGCUCGCUUAAAACAAAUGGACAUGGUCGGCUAUCUGACCACGGUGUUCAAACACUUCACUUACCUGGACAGAGACUUUCAUCUCGUCGAUCGUCAAGAGACUUCGACCAUGGACGACCUAGUUGAGGCGAUGGGUCUGUUUAAGCCCAUGCCCUCGUCGAGCGAGACUUCUGUCACAGAACGCACGACUGGUGCUUGUUCAGCGGCCGAGUCGCCAUCGCCCAGCGGGAAUCGUACGCAGCAGACCCCGACUCACUUCCAUCAGCAACAAAUGAUGCACCUCCCGCCACGCAACAACGGAGCACCGAUGAGCAUCCGAAAUUUUCAGGGUUGGACGCCGACGUGAGGAGAUUCUCAUGUCUUGCUGUCUUUUGCGUGGAAGUGAAGGAGCCGCUGAGUCGUGCGCGUACAGCGGCAGCGACAGGUCAACAGAUCACAAAACACGGUGCUCGAGCCAUCCAAAGUCUGUUCUGUUAGAAGAACACUUGCCUCAUGCUCCCUAGCUGGAGAUUUUAGCUUUGCAAUUGCGUCCAUUAAUCGGGAAAAUGAUGGCCAAUGUAAUCGACCAUCUCUACAUUAAUGUCUUCCAGAAAAUUCUAUAGAAUGUCGCUUAAAGUAUUGUUUUUAUCUGCAAGCAGCUGAUGUAGCUUACUCAUUUGCCACAGCUGCAGCAAUACAGAGGGAAAAUCUAUUAUAUUAUCGGUGCCAUUAAAGUGACGACCCCGCACACCACAUCGUCGUCGAUGUGACACUUAGCCCAAUUUUUAUCGACUUUCUACUAUUUAUUCUUCUGUAUUGUUGUGUAUAGGAAAUAGUCGAGGUCGAGCGCUUUAACGUUUCUGUAGCCGCAUCAGUUUAUGCACAGUCAUGUAAUGUUUACAUUUGUCAAAGAAACAUGCCCCAGUAGACGUGUGUUUACCUUUAAAAGAGAUAUUGAACACCCAGCCAACAACCGGCAAUUUUUAAUGCAUUAUUUGGCCGUUUUAAAUGGCAGUCCGAAUACGUUAAGCGUAGUUUCGACCACGACACUUAUUCCUAACGAGAGGCACUGCAGAUUCGGUGCCCAAGUUAGCAUACACACAAACUGCAAUACCUGACGCAUAAGCUUUUUGUUCCAAGUGCGCCGUCCAACGCCCUUGCACUUGCUGUUUCCACUGCGCCAACGCUUUGUUACUUCCGUUUUCAGCCGCCGUUUUUGUCGUUACUAUAUUAUUAUUAUUUUGAAGAAAUAAAACACUGUUUUAACACAAGA